AAGCAAGUAAAGCUUAAGAGGGCGGGCUACCUAAGUUGAUAAACAUAAUAAAAAAGAUGGCUGCCUACAGAGACGACGGUUUUGUUGGCACUAUUGCCGAAGAUGAUGAUAUUUCCCUUCCUUCAGAAGAUACAAGUAGUGAUGAAGAGGCAGUUGUUCCAAAACAGAAAUUGAAGAAGAAGAAGAAGAAGGUCAACAAUGGAUUCUCAACUAAUUUUCAAUUUGAUGAAAAAGCUGUAAAUAAUCAUUUUUGGGCAGAUGAUUUCAUAGAAGCAGCAAAGCCAAAAGGAAUUGUGACAUCAACUCUGGAGCAAAAAAUUGCAAAAAUAAGGAGAGAAAGGAAGAAGAAAGAAUCUAAAGAAGAGGAAAAAGUAGAUGAUGCAGAGAAAGAUUCAAGCGAUUCAAAAACUGAACAGAUGUCAGAUGAUGAUUCCGACUUAGACAGUGAUGUUGAAACAAAUAAAGACAUAAAGAUAGACAAGAUAAGGAAUAAAACCACUAGUGAGAAAAGAUUAGAAAGAGAAAAGAAGAAAAAAGGUGAUGACAAAGAGAAGAACUUCUUUGAAGAUGCCCCUGAGGUAAAACAACAGUCAUCAUUUGGCGACAUGAACUUAUCACGACCUCUAUUGAAAGCUUUGAAUGCAAUCAAAUUUACAACUCCAACUCCAAUCCAGUCUAAGACUAUUCCGAUUGCACUGCUGGGAAAGGACAUUUGUGCUUGUGCUGCCACUGGAACAGGUAAAACCGGUGCUUUUAUGCUACCGGUUCUUGAACGGCUUUUAUACAAACCCAAGGAAGCACCUACCACCCGUGUUCUAGUUCUAGUUCCUACAAGAGAAUUGGGUGUACAAGUUCAGUCCGUUACUAAGCAACUAUGUCAAUUUGCCAAAGUAGAUUCAGUGUUAGCAGUGGGUGGAUUGGAUAUCAAGUUGCAAGAGGCAGCAUUGAGAAAGGGUCCUGACAUUGUGAUAGCCACACCUGGACGUCUAAUUGAUCAUCUUCACAACGCUCCUAACUUCAGUCUCAGUAGCAUUGAGAUCCUCAUCCUUGAUGAAGCUGACAGGAUGUUGGAUGAGUUUUUUGAGGAGCAGAUGAAAGAAAUUAUCCGCAUGUGUUCAAUUAGUCGUCAAACUAUGCUGUUCUCAGCCACCAUGACUGAUGAGGUUAAGGAUUUGGCAGCUGUAUCGCUCAAGAACCCAGUCAAGCUGUUUAUCAACGAAAACACGGACGUAGCAUACAACCUACGGCAAGAGUUCAUACGAAUCCGACCAAAUUCUGAAGGUGAUAGAGAAGCCAUUGUAGCAGCCCUGUGUAGUCGUACAUUCCAUGAUCAUUGUAUUGUGUUUAUACAAACAAAGAAACAGGCUCAUCGAAUGCACAUCAUCCUUGGACUAUUGGGUUUGAAUGUAUCUGAAUUGCAUGGCAACCUUUCUCAGUUUCAGCGCCUAGAAGCAUUGCGAAGAUUUAAGGAAGGACAGUGUGAUGUUCUACUUGCUACAGAUCUUGCAGCAAGAGGUUUAGAUAUUCCCGACGUUAAAACAGUGAUAAACUUUACCAUGCCAAACACACUGAAGCACUAUGUACACAGGGUUGGUAGAACAGCCAGAGCAGGCCGCUCAGGAAGAUCUGUGACACUUGUUGGUGAAAAAGAGAGAAAGUUACUGAAGGAAAUAGUGAAGCGGGCAAAGCAACCAGUCAAGAGCAGAGUUGUACCAGUAGAUGUGAUAAAAAAAUAUUCAGAUAAAAUUGAGGGUAUGGAAGAUGAUGUGGAGAGAGUAGCAACCAUGGAGUUAGAAGAGAAAGAGCUUCGUACAUCAGAGAAUCAACUAAACAGAGCAAAGGCAAUGCUAGACAAUAGCAGGGCUACAGACAAUCAAAAGAGAGUCUGGUUUCAAAAUCAUAAACAAAAAAUGCAGUCUAAAGUUAAUCAAGUGUUAGACAAAUCUGGUUUAGAUAAGAAGUCAAAGAGGAAAAAAGGAGGAGGAAACUUCAAAAAGGAAAAGACAACUGCCGAAGGAAGAGUGAUGGUGGAGAUUGAAAAAUCUCAGCUGUUUGCAGCCAGAGCAGCUAAAAGAGAUCGGAAAGGGAAACGUCUACGAGCGCACAAUGAAACAGAUGGCCAGGCUAAUCAUUCCGGAACAAGAAAGAAAAUGAAAAUGAAGAAGACAUCAUUUGAUGCUGAACUCACUGCAACUAGUAAAAAUGCUGUCAAGCAACUUAGAAGCAAAGCCAACACAAGUAUUGCGGAGAAAUCUAGACAAGCAAAGAAAACGGGCACGAAGUCAUUUAAAUCGAACAAGAGGUACAAACGAAGGUAACAUCAAAAGCUAGGGAGGACUUGAACAAUAACAGUUUACAGUAGCUUCUCACUUCCUGUAGUCAUAUUUUAUUGUUGGAAUUGCCAUACAUAAAUUCAGCCUUCGAGAUGCCUGUUACUGUUGGUUAACACUACAUGUUAACAAAAUAGAUCAUGAAAGCAGUUGUAAACAGAAAGAAUAAAAAUUUAAU